AUGACCACCUCCCAAAACCUCCAAGUCAUCAUUAACCCACCGUCCAACCCAACAUCGUCAAAAUCGCCACUUUCAAACAGCCCUUCCACACAGACACCAUCGACACCGGAGCCUCUUCUAAUGUCUGUAUUCGGGGCGCUAAACCGCUUCAUCUCGCGGCUCGACGCUGCACCUCUCAACGAAGAACACCAAUCCGCUACUAACGGCGCAUAUGGAUUCCAAGUUCUGAGGAAUACCAACCUUGAGGUCCCUCUAGAGCCUUGGUUCGACUAUGUGAUUGGUAUUAACGGACGGACUAUUGUGAGUUACUCGAACUGGGGCAAGGGCAAGAAAGAGCACGUGAUUUUGCUGACUUGGAUCGUUGAACAGGACAACCCAGACCCAGGCCUCUUUGCGACAGAGGUACGCAACUGUGCUGGGACGACGAUCAGUGUCGGGGUGUUCAGCGCGAAGGGUCAAAAGAUCCGCGAAGUUUAUCUCCAAAUCCCAGCCGAUCAGCCCACCCUUGGCGUUUCCCUGCAGUGGUCCCCUCUGUCCAUCUCAGAGGACGUCUGGCACAUCCUAGACGUGGCGCCCAAUUCGCCUGCUGACGCCGCAGGCCUACUUCCCUACGGCGACUACGUCAUCGGCAGCCCCGAAGGCCUAGUGCGCGGGGAGUCCGGUUUGAGUGAGCUUGUUGACGACUUCCUCAAUAGACCACUGAGGCUGUAUGUGUACAACCACGAGUACAAUGUCACCCGACCUGUUACCAUUACGCCAACGCGGACUUGGGGCGGUGAGGGUGCAUUAGGCUGUGUGCUUGGCUUCGGCGCUCUGCAUCGCAUCCCGCCGAGGGCGGAGCAGAAGAGUUUGGAGCAGGACUAUGCACCCAAAAAGGCCAGUGCAGUACCACCUCCACCCAAAGUUGGAGGCCCACCUAGAGGCCCACCAAAGAGUGCCAGUGCCAGUAGGACAGGUACACCAGUACAAGGUAGCAACGGUGGUGAAGCCGAGAAUGUUACUGAAACAGAGCCCGAGACAGAAGAGGCAUAA